UUAUAAUGCUGUUAUCAUGAAUUUGAAUUUAUAUAUCAAAAUACUUGAACAAUAUUCUGUGCUAUUAUUCAAUUGAAUUUUCAACAUUAUCAUCGAAUCAUAACACACUAAUACACAACAACUGUUCAAUACAUUGAAGAUUGGCGGUAAUUUAAAAUAGUACAAAUCAAUAAUUCAAAUUAUUAUCUUCAAUAUUAACAACAACAAAAAAUAAAUAUUUAUUCACUUGUACUAGUAUCAUUCAUUACAUCACCGUGUUAUUCAUUGAAUUUCAUUGAAUCAGUAACAAUUAAUUAUUAUACUAUUUAGUUAUAUUUUGAACUAUUGAAACAAUUAACGCGGGAUAAUUAAAAAAUAAAUUAUUAUUAAAAUUGAAACAAUCAUUUGUGAUUUCUGGUGAUUGUAUUUUACUAAAAAUAUAUAACAUAAAAUAAAUAAAUAAAUAUUCAAUUCCUUGUUUACCGGAAAAAUCUACACAUUUAUUCUUAUCAUUUACAAGUACAAAAGUAAUAAUCACACAUAAAUACAGGUGGUGUACUACUACUACUACUACUACCACUGAUCAAUAAAAUAUAAUUUGGAAAAAUACCGGAUAACCAGAAUAAAGCUUUCGCAAAUCCUGCUUUUGAUUAGAUGCCAUUGAUAAAAUAACCAAUUAAUCACUCAAUCAAUCAAUCAGUUAAUUAAUUAAUUUUAAAAAAUGGGUAACAUAUUGGGGUCUAGAAAAAAAUUACCAAAAGAAGAUUUGGAAUUUUUACGAACUAAUACAAAUUUUACUAAAAAACAAAUCAAACAAUGGUAUCGUGGAUUUAUAAGAGAUUGUCCUUCUGGUCAAUUAAGUAAAAAGAAAUUUAUUGAAGUUUAUUCUGGAUUCUUUCCUGAUGGUGAUGCGGAGGAAUUUUGUACACAUGUAUUUCGAACAUUCGACAAAGAUAAUUCUGGAAAAAUUGAUUUUAAAGAAUUUCUUCUAGCAAUUAAUAUUACAUCAGGUGGUAAACCAGAAGAGAAAUUGGAAUGGGCAUUUCAAAUGUAUGAUAUUAAUGGGAAUGGUACUAUUGAAAAGCAUGAAAUGGUUGAAAUUAUUAAAGCAAUUUACAGUAUGCUCGGUGCUGAUGAAUCCACCGUGGAUUUAAGUCCUGAAGCGCGUACCGAUGAAAUAUUUGAAAAGAUGGAUAGUAAUGCAGAUGGAGUUUUAACAAGAGAAGAAUUUAUGGAUGGUUGUAUGGCGGAUAAACAACUUUAUUCCAUGUUGCUUGCUGAUGAACCAGCUGAAUAAUAAUAAUAAUAAUAAUAA